AUGUUCGCCCUCUACGUGAAGUCUCCUGGGGUGGUGGCCUCGACGGAGGGGCAGCGCAAAGGGAUCUACGCCAGACUCGAUCAGGAGGCGGAAAAGCCCUCGAAGGACUUCUUGAACAGCAUCUCCCUGCACGCAAUGGUGAAUAAACCGCUUCGCGCGCAGUGGUGCCCACAUCUGCAACGCGUCGUGUUGCGGUAUGAUCACUAUUGCGCGUACUUCGGGAACACGAUCGGCGCGCGAAACCACAAGUGCUUCCUGCUGUUCCAUCUCGCCUACCUCUCCUUGCUCGGAUCCUUCUACUACUACGCGUGGCAUUAUCAGCAAAUCUGCGCUGUCGCCUCCCAUCUGUUGUGGAAAGCGGUGAACUCGAAGACCAGACUGUCAACGGAAUUAGAUCUGACCCUUUAUGCUAAAGGAAUCUGCAUCUCAACGGCGGUUGAGCGCUUUGGAUAUCUCUACACGCAGCUAAUCCUCCCGCUUAUGAUGAUUUUGGUGGCAUACAAGCUGUUAGUUCAGCUCCGACAUAUAUCGCGCAGUCUCACCGUCUUCGACGUCGAGCACGCAGAGGAUAAAAGUAGCGCAUACUGCUUUCGCGUCGGUGAUACGGUGUAUAGCCUCUUCGAUACUGGUUAUUGGUGGAAGAAUAUGCUGAAGUUUUUCUUCCAACCGCUUGACGAGGUCGUCUACCGCGUUCCUCAGAUGAAUGAGAACCUGAAAAAGAUUGUAUCGGAGUACCGGCGCUGGAAUCGAGAAUGUGGUGGCUGCUCUCGAGGAUGUCACGCGAGGAACCCAGAAAACGCAGCGAACCCAUCCUCGUGUAAUAAAAAGGUAAUAGAUGGUGAGGGCGGACAUGAGAAAGACUUUGCUAUUUGA